AAUGUCAUUCUUCCUUAGCCCAAAUCUCACAUGUUUGAUAGAGUUGCGGGAUCUUGUAUGUGAGAGGGGAUUUACCAGGCUGUGAGCAGCGGUGGUGGGUAAAUAGCAAGACGCAGAUCUACCGUCGUUUUAGUUGGGUCCCUUGUCUUGUGAUUGUGGCUUUGUGCCUCUGUCCUUCUGCGGACAUACAGAUCAUCCUCUCUUUCAGCUUCUUCCUCAGCUCGAUUCGUACACAGGAAUUCGAACCCUAAUCCACAUCCAAGAAGAACUGUUGCACUCGCAGGUACAAGAAAGCUGCUCUUUCUUGAGUGGUGCAAGUUGCAUAAUAUCAGGCAUGGAGGAUGUUAAAGAGCAAGAAAAAGUAGAUGGAAAUUGCCAAGAGUAUGAAAAGUCCAUGCCAUCAUCUAAAGAGGAGGAGGCAGCACUAAAGAAGAAAUAUGGAGGAAUCGUGCCCAAGAAACCACCACUAAUUUCUAAGGACCAUGAACGUGCUUAUUUUGAUUCUGCUGAUUGGGCACUUGGAAAGCAAGGGGUAGCAAAGCCCAAGGGACCUCUUGAAGCCCUUCGACCCAAGUUGCAGCCCACACAACAGCAGACACGAUACCGGAAGUCUCCUUAUGCCCCAUCAGAUGGUGAAGAUGCGGGCAGUGCUCCAUCUGAGGAGACAGCUGCGAAUGAAUGAGGGACUGAUGCUAGCUUUUAAUUGUGUGGGUGACUGCUGAUUGUUGCCCUAAUACUCGUAUAGGUAAAUGAGUUAGAAUUCAACUGUUGUUUCUGAGAAUAAGGUUGGUAAUGAUGUUUCAAUAUCACCUAAAAAGAAGCAAGCGACGACAUUUAUGCAAUUGAGACCCAUGGAACCCAAUUUCCCUCAGUUUUCUUCGGUGGUUUUGCGACUUCUCUGACAUGGGACAUUAGUUCUUGUCUUUUAUGAUCAAAGAGCGUACUAGAGGAAAUGAAAAAGGACCCUUGUGAAUCCUUAAUCAUUCGACCUUUGUUCCAUAAUUAUUAUCAUUUGAAUGUUUUUUUUUCCUCUUUCAGAAACUGAAUGGACAACUUGUAUUUCAAAUAUUGCGGUGUUUGGUCAUUUGGUGCAAAAUGCAUGUUUUUGUGU